GUCGAUCGGAGGAUCGCUUUGCUUCAGAGUAAUAAUAUUCAGGACAACGAUAACCUCGAGAUGAUGGUCCGUGUCGAAGGGCCAAUCGUCGAUUCACUCUACGAUAGCGCGUUGGUGUCAUGGAGUCGGUUAUUGGGAGAGCCUCUUCCACUGCUCACAUCACCUGCCAGCUCGACACCGGCUUGGGAGUGGCCAGCAAGCGAGCCUGAUACCUCUUCAGACGCUAGUGGAGCAGAGACUUCACCACAGCUCACUGCAGAUCAUCCUCAUUAUGAUGUCGACAUGCAACAAGAGACGCAGAGAGUCAAUGGAAGCCUUGAGCCUUUACCUGGAAUGUCACGGACUGAAGCAGUAACUCGUCAUCUCAACACCACGCUCCAGCCUGGAACUACAGGAGAUGCCCCGAACAGCGAUCAAGAUCUCCGGAUGAAGCCCUACGUCCUGUCUCCGCCGCACGAACCAUUCCCGAUGGCACUUGUCAAUCGAGAGCCAUGGGGAUCUCCUAACCACAGCAGCAUCUAUACCCCCCAGAAUUCGGCCUUCCUCUCCGCCAUCAAACACGCAAAGCAUUCCAUAUUCAUUCAGACACCGAACAUGAACGCAGAGCCGAUCCUCGAGCCUCUUCUGGAUGCAGUCCGCCGUGGCGUCGUCGUAACUUGCUACCUCUUUCUGGGAUACAAUGAUGCAGGACAACUUCUUCCUUUCCAGAAUGGAACAAACGAGAUGAUUGCAAACCGGUUAUACAAGUCUCUCCGUACCGAUGAAGAGCGAUCCAGAUUACGGAUAUUCAACUACAUUGGUAAAGAUCAGACGAAACCAAUCCAUAAUUGCUUUGAGCGUCGAAGUUGUCAUAUCAAACUCAUGAUAAUUGAUGAGAGCGUGGCCAUCCAGGGAAACGGCAAUCUCGACACCCAAUCCUUCUACCACAGCCAAGAAAUCAACCUACUCUAUGAUUCACCUACAAUUUGCCGCUCAUGGCUCGAUACCAUCAACAGAAACCAGAACACUUCUUUAUAUGGCGCAGUGAGUAGCGAAGACGGAUGCUGGCAUGAUCCUGAGACCGGGAAGCUUCCUAAGGGAUCUAUUGGAAUCAACCCUGGAAGAUUCAGCUGGGCCAAAGGGAUUGUUGGGGCAGUGCAGAGAGUC